AAACAUGUCGCCGUCAGUUCGGAAUCCACAUCGUUAGUUUUCCCAUUCUAUCAAGCAUGUUGUGAUGGCACCUUUCUUCGGCAAUUACUUUUGGUCUCGGAAACCAUCCGAGACUUUGUCCAUCCACGACGGUCUCUUCCAGAUAGGAUGCCAGGCGUACCACAUCCUAGUGCGGGACGAUGCAGGUCUUCCAGGAGUAGAGGAUAAACUGCUCAAAACCCCCGUGAGAGACCCUGUGGUAGUGCUGAUACCAACUCCAAAACCGACUGUCAGGGGAAGACUUUCGCAAAUUUUGGACCGUGGCAGUUCUUUGCCAUCGGAUGACUAUGAUGACUGGGAAUCCAGGUAUAUGAUGCGAACAGACUUUGAUGAUUUUGGAGACAAACAUAGUGAAGUCUGGGGUCAGAAAGGGUGGUUUAAGCCGUCUUGUGUGCCGAUAUCCAUCAUCCUGGUGCUGAUCGUGUUGGUAGUCCUGCUUCCACUGUUGGAAAAUGCAGAGAGACAAGCACAGGCGGCCGCACAGAUAGACUGGGAGCAACUUCGGAAAUGCCAAGCUCAAUGCAAGUUCUCUCUCGUAGAGUCCAUUCCCGAUGGUAUGAGCUAUCGGAACGGUUCCACCCCCUUCCCCUCCACAUUCUCUGUGUGGUCUGAGCUUCUAGCCAAGGCUACAUCUACUGUAGAGAUUGCCUCGUACUACUGGACUCUGACAAACGGAACCAGUGGCCAAUUCCCUACUGCUGGAGAGGGUCAGAAAAUCUUUGAUGAACUACUUCUUGCCGGAACUGAAAGAAAACUUAAAGUUAAAAUUGCUCAAAACUUUCCUUCAAAAAGUGAACCGAAUACAGAAACUGAAGUUUUAGUGAAGAAGAAAGCUGCAGAGGUCCGAAGUCUGAACUUCCCCAGGCUGGUCGGCAGUGGGAUCCUUCACACCAAGUUGUGGCUGGUAGACAGACAACACGCUUACAUCGGCAGCGCUAACACCGACUGGCGAUCCCUCACUGAGGUCAAGGAGAUGGGAAUAUACAUCUCUGACUGCCCUUGUAUUGCGGACGACGUCGGCAAAUUGUUUGACGUCUACUGGAUGAUGGGAGCGGAUGGUGCUCAAGUUCCAGCAAAAUGGCCGAAAUCUCUCUCUACUGUCUACAACAAAGAUUCUCCCAUGAACUUGUCAAGCAAUGGUCUUAUCUACCUUUCUAGCUCUCCCCCUCAGUUCUGUCCGGAUGGUCGUACGUCUGACGGAGAUGCAGUCACUUCUGUCAUCGCAAAAGCCAACAAGUUUGUCUACAUUGCAGUCAUGGACUACUUCCCACUCUACAUUUACACAUCAAAAGCCAAGUACUGGGGAGUAAUUGACAAUGCUUUACGAGAUGUGGCGAUCGACCAAUCGGUCGAAGUGCGUCUUCUGAUUAGCUGGUGGAAGCACUCACGGAAAGAAAUGAAACUGUUCCUAGCGUCCUUGAGUGAUCUUACGGGAGCUUACGGAGCUAAAAUCUCAGUGAAACUGUUUGUGGUUCCGGAAACAGCAGAGCAAAGCAAGAUCCCGUUUGCUCGAGUCAACCAUAACAAGUACAUGGUUACAGACACCACAGCCUAUAUAGGAACGUCCAACUGGUCUGGGGAUUAUUUUGUGUCCACUGGAGGGGUGGGGGUUGUCAUCGAAGGAGAUACACAGUUGCGGAAACAACUUGAGGACGUCUUCCUGAGAGAUUGGAAUUCUGAGUUUGCUUACGACUUGCCCAGAUAACUGAACCUGCAGUAGAUCAACUGGAGUUCUAGGUGAAUCUUAACUUAGGCUACCCUGUGAAGAUCAUGCAAUAAAUAACUUUUUAAGCGGUUCUCAUAAUACCGGUGAAGAUCAUAUGAAAAUAAUAUUCUAGGUGGUUUCUCUAAUGAUGGUCGAAUCCGGGAAUUUCAAAUCUCCAAUGUGAAUUCUAAAAAAUAGAGUCAGAGUCACAGAUCGACAGAUCUUCAGUUUUUAUCCUGAUUACAAUUAAAUACAAUACAGAAUCUACUGUGGAAAUCGAUAAAAAAAUUAAAAAAUAAUUUUCUUAAAAUUGAUCCAUAUUUAAUAGUAGUUUACGCAACAAUCGCGUAGAGAUAGUGUUAACGACAUGAGUAGAAAUUUAAGGCAAGUGCCUUAAAACUUCUACGAGUGUCUUUAAGACUAUUUACCCGAGUUGAGUACACCACUUUACCUACGAUAGUUUUUUUUAAUUACUAACAAUCACUACUAAUAACUUCUAAGAGAGGCUAUGUUUUUGUUUAUAACCUCUCAGAGCCACUGACAGUGAUGCAAUGAAACAUUCAUUGCACCACUCAUUAACAAUUAAAUCGGACUUAACAACUGAUUAGUUGAUGUUCAAAGCAUAACAAUUUUACUUCUUUUCUCUCAAUCCUUGAACCUAGUUGGUCCGUUACUCAUGUUGUUAAGUAAAAUCUUGCUGUUAUCUAAGUAAACAAAUCUGUUAAAUGAAUCUUGUUCAUUCUAAGAACUGAACUGAAACGGCUAGUUUAGAAAACGGUCGUAGGUAAAAUGUUUUAAUUGUAUUUCCAACCUAUUUCAAAACUGUUUAAACCCAGCAAUAUUGGAAUCAUGUGAUAGCAGUAAUAUCUGUGAACGUUUGUCGCGAUUCCAAUGUUCCCGACCCAAAAAGAUCCUUAAAUUAUUUUAAUGCCAACCAACAAACUGAAAUAAAAGUUUCCAAAUAAACAAAAAUAAAAGUUGCCUGAAAAAUAUUGCAUUUUCUGGUUUUAAUAAAUUAGAUCUCAAACUAAAUUACAUAAUCCAAAUAAAUAAAAUUUACUGUUUUUAAAAAACAGCAGACAAUAUUUUUAAAUGAGAUACACCUUUGAAAUAUUUUAUCCCUAACAACUCAACAAUAACAACUUGUCUUAUUACAACAAUAACAUCUUGUCAUAUUACAACAAUAACAACUUGUCUUAUUACAACAAUAACAACUUGUCUUAUUACAACAAUAACAACUUGUCAUAUUACAACCUAGGUAUAACAAAGCUGAGGUGAUGAUUUAAUGAUGAGGUUCAUUUUUAGGCAGUUAAUUUAUUUUUAUUACUGUUUUAAAUUGAAAAGUGUUUUUUGUUUUGUUAUUACGGUACUGUAGAUUUGAUUUAGAAUUUUUUUUCUUUUUUUCAAUUAUACUCAGGUUUAUUUUAAUUUUUUUUAUCAAUAUGGAAUAAUAAAUGGUUUUCCCCGACAACAGUAAAAUAUAUUUUUAUUUGAUUUUAUCCUUAUAACUUGACUUUAGUGUUUAUGAGUUUAAUUGCCUCAAUACAAACAAAUUAUAAGUAUUUGCUACAAACUGAAUUUGUAAGUUCAAAUAAUUUUAUUCUCUUAAGUACUACGAAUUGCGUACUGGUACAAUAAUUGUGAUUAUGAUGUGUUCAAUGAAUUAGCUUAAGAACUUUAUUUUUAGUAGAGGAAUAAGUUACAGUAUUUUGUUUUCAGUGUUUAUGAAAACUACUAUAACUAUAAGGAUGUUUGUACAGUUUACUUUGGUUUGUAAAAAGUGUAAUUGAUCUCAAAUUAUUGGUUAUUUAGUUAAUUGUGUUUUAAACCCAUUUUAAAUGUUAUGCACCAAGUAAAGCUUUAACCAAUGUUUCACACUUUUGUAUUCAAACUUCUUAAUUUUAUUCAAUUAAGUAUUUUGUAGGUUCCAUGUUUUAAACUGGUAUUACAAUUUAAUUGAACAGUUCUCGAGAAAAAUGGAGGUUACCACAUUGUAUGAUUGGUUCAUAAAUUUGUUGCAUAUUAGCCAUGCCAACUUUAAGCACAUUUUUACCACCAAUACUGGAAAUCUUUUUACUACCAAAAUAGUUUCAAAAUGAUCAAAUUUGUGGAUAUCAAGAAAUCUACUUUUCUAAAUGCCUUUUCUAAUUACAUUUGUGCCUUGUUCCAAUUGCCUUGCUUUUGUAACUGUACAUUCAGGUUUUAUAUGCAGACGCAUUCAAUAUUUUAGAUUUUUAGGAACACCUAGUGUUACAAAACAAAUUCAUUCUUUUGAUGUAAUAUUUGUUCCACAAGCAAUAUUUUCAUGAAUUUAAAUGCAAAUGGCUUUAACACUGUGUUUUUCUUGCAAAACAAAGCACAAUUUUUAUUUAUUAGGUUAAAACUGUUCAAGGUUUUAUAAGACAUGUUAUGUUAACGUUUGGAUGUUGUGAAAAACAUUUUCUAUUCCUUUUCUACUAAUAAAAUAAUAUGCUUUAGAGAAUUUAGCAAAAUUUGUUGUAUUAUUAGCCUUAUUUUGUAAUCUAUGAAUUUGGAAUUUGCAGCUUCAUAGAAAAUUGUCAAUUGUAAUUAACAC